AUGUUCCCUGAAGUUAAAGAAUCGUUUACUCGCACAGAUCUGGAGGAACUAGACAAUAAGCGUUCGGAUCAAGCUGCAGAGCAAGCCGGACCUUCUAACAAUCGAGCAGAAACUCAGAGCCUCGUUCAAGACUGCAUUUCUUCCAUUAGUUCUCUCUCCGAAAUAGAUGACGACGAAGACGAUGAUAUUCGCCAUACUAUCUUCAAGACGAUCAAGAUCCAUACAGCCAAAUGCGACGUUUGCAACCAACACAACAAGGCUACAUUGCGACGCUGCAUCGAUUGCGGAUGGCAGAUCUGCACGCCAUGCUGGGAUGCCCGAGGCGGGGAUGGUACACAUGGUGUUUCGCACAAGUUCAAUGGGCCGGUCUUCACCCCUGAGACGCCGGAUUCCAUCGCCCAGAGCAAAGGUAUCUCAGAACAUGAUAGUGAUGAGACCGUCAGCAUCUCCGGGGAAAAUGGUGGUGGUUUAAAAUCAAGAUCGAAGAUCAAAGUAGCUGGAAAGGGUAAAAGACCUAUCAUCCGAGAUGAAGAAGAAUAUGGCUCUAGUAAACGCCGUGUUUCCCAGCGCGUUCUGUCCCAAGACAAAGGGAAAGGCAGAGCAAGGGAAAGUAAGGUAAGCCGGCGCAAACUGCCCACUCACAAAGGCAUAACGGCAACGAGAAAGAGCGCUUCCACCAUCCCAAGCAACAAAAUAGGCACCAAAAGGGGUGCCGUUGUGGCAGAUGGAGAUAAUGUCAAUACAGAUGAUGAAUCCGAGUAUGAGAGCACAGGAAAAUCUGCUGGAGCAAUACCGCAACAAUUACCACCAGAAAUCCCCCCUGACGACCGUAGGAAUCCGAUGUACUGGCUAUGCAUGGCUGCCCAACGCGCUUUGAACGAAGAAAAGGCUAGAGAGCAAUGGCGACAAGAAUUGGUUGUCCGUCAAGAAGCGACACAAGUUGCUCCGUCGCACACCAGAAUGCGGAGUAUGACUAUCGUGAAUAAAACCGGUUCACCACUUUUUGUCCCAUCGGACUCCUUUCAAGAUCCUCACAUAAGACCUGCUGCAGAGGCUGCAAAUCUUCAUUUGCUUCUGCAUCAAUCAGCUCAAGACUCCCACGGCAUUCAGCAUCAACAACAAGCUUCUUUCCACCCCAUAAACGCAACAAGCGCUAUUUUACAUGAUCGAGACGACGCAUCUAGAUAUCUCACCGUGGAGCACAGCGAUGGCAAUGCAACUCGUGGCCCAGGGCCUUCGCGAGUUUCAUCAUUCGCCGGAUAUCCCGAUCUUCGCUGGACCGCUGGAUAUAGCUCUCCGAACUCUCUAUGUGUUGAUUAUGAAUCUGCUUGGGCCCGUAACCAGCUGCGCCCAAUGUGGGCUGACAACUACGCUCCUUUUCAGACACCCGUCCCUUCUCCACCUCUGAAUGAGCCACAUGAAAGGCCCGUGAUCAAUGGGGGUCGCAAAGAUGCUCACGGACGCCCGUGGAAUCUUUGACUCUCCUGAGAGAGGUUAUUUUGUCAGUCGAGAAAGUGAGGGGUGUCUUAGAAGUGUUUUACUGAAUUUUAAUCCUUGCAAGGCCGUUCGGUAUCUCCUCUCUACUCUUCCCGCUUUACCCUGUUUUAAUAUUUGCUCGCCUAAAAUGCUUUUUGGCUCUGCUGAUGUUUACUGAGUUGGAUUUCUGUUUGCAAAAAAUUGUUUUUCUUUCAUCACCUUAGUACUGGCUCCCCCUUUUGAUUAAUGGGGACCCUUAAAACCUGUAUAAAACAUAUGGUUUGCAUUCUGUUUCAAACGAUAAAAUGACGACUGCCUUUACUUGUUGUACCUCAAGAUGAAAUUGCCUGUACUUAAU